GACAACAUGGACAACCACCAAAUUAUGCCGGUGGACAAGUUCCAUAUUAUCCACCACCUCCAGAUCCAUAUAAUCAAAAAAAUAAUCAUCAAUAUCAACAAUAUCCUCAGCAUCCUCAAUAUCCUCCACCUUCAGCUCCUCCUCCUUCAUUUAUGCAAUCCCAGUCUAUGGGUAAUAAUGGAGAAAAUAAUGAUAAUGCUGGAACAAAUAAUAAAUUCAACCCAACACCAAAAUAUCGUGAUUUAUGGGCCGCUAUACUUUUCUUAUUACAUCUCGGCGCUUUCAUUGCUUUGUCAGUAUUAGCAUUAAGAAAUUACGCAGCAAUUCAACGUAGUGGAUCAUCCGAUUCUGUUCAAAAAAUUACAUUGAACUGGAGUACGAUUUGGCUAUUAUUAAUUUGCGUGGGAGUAGGUUUCGUUCUAAGCAUGAUUUACUUGGCAUUUGCAGAAAGAUUUCCACGACGAUUUAUCAUAGGAACAUUUAUUAUUUCAAUAUUGUUUUAUUGGGCAAUGGCCGUUUUUUACUUUAUUGCAAAAUAUUUCAGUAUGGCAAUUCUUAUAGCUAUUGUGGCUAUAUUCUACACUCUAUUUUUCUUCUGGUGGAGACCAUUGAUACCUUUUUCAUCUAUUAUGUUGGAGACCGUGAUAGAUAUAACAAAGAAAUUCAAAAGCUUACUUCUUGUCGCUUUUAGUGGUUUAUUUUUAGAGACUUUAUAUUCAAUAUGGUGGAUUUUCACAUUCAUUGCUGCAUAUCAAGUUUGGUAUCCGGAAGCUUGUAGAGCAAGAUCAGAUAAUAAUUUACCAGCAACAGGGGCAUGUGAAUCUGGAAAAAUAGUUGCUAUUGUUGUAUUUUUAUUAUUCUCAUUUUAUUGGACUUCGCAAGUGAUUCAAACUUGGGUACACGUUACAACCUCAGGGGUUUUUGCAACAUAUUAUUUUUUCGAGGGAACAGCUCAAGGAGUACCUUCUAUGCCCACAUUAAGAAGUGCAAAACGUGCUUCAACUACAAGUUUUGGUAGUAUAUGUUUUGGAAGUCUAAUUGUGGCAUUAUUACAAGUUAUUCGUGCAUUGCUGAGAAGUGCUGCGCAGGAAACUGACAACCCGUUUGGGGCUUUUUGUUUUGCGUGUGCCUCAGUAAUAGUAGAUAUGGUUGAAUCAUUAUUGCAAUAUUUCAACUUUUACGCUUAUACAGAAGUUGCGAUUUACGGAAAAUCAUUCCGAGAAUCCGUAAAGGAUACUUGGACGUUGAUCAAAGAUCGUGGUGUUGAAGCAAUUAUAAAUGAUAAUUUAAUUGGCACUGUCAUAGCUAUGGGCGCACUUCUUGUGGGAAUUGUAACAGCAUUAUUAAGUUAUUUAUAUGUAAUUAUUCUUAAAAAUGUUGGAGGUGGAUACAUUCCAUUAGUAGUUUUCUUGGGAUUUAUUAUUGGAUUUCAAAUGAUGACCAUAAUGGGAUCUAUUAUAUUAAGUGGAAGUGCCACUACUUUCGUAUGUUUAGCCGAGGAUCCGAGAGCUUUGGAAAGAACUAAACCCGAUUUAUACCGUGCGAUUCGUAAUACUUAUCCUAAUUUUGCUACUGGAAUGUAAAUCGGAUCAACAUACGGUGUUAUGUAAAUCCCGUCGGAGGCAUAUUAAUUAAAUUUCGAUUAUUAAUUGAUUACGUAAAAUCAAAAAAUUUUUUUAUGACAUAGAGAAGAAUAUACGUUU